AUUAGUGCAUGCGAAAGAAGCAAUAUACGAUUCUAAAUACCCAAAGCAUAGAGAUCGGGAUUUUAUUGCUGCUGCAUGGAGAAGCAUAGCUAUAGAAUUGAGCACAACUGAAUGGUUACAAUUUGAAAGUGGACUACAUAAAGCCGUGCACAGCCGAUUCCGUUGUAAUACCAAAAAACAUGGAUUUUGCGUUUGAUUCUAAAUGUAAUUUAGUACUAAGCGGAUGCGUUGAGAUGACCAAAACUUUAAAAACGUCUAAGGCAACCUAUGAACUUACUAAAUCUCCUAUGCCAACAAUGACAGGGGAUGUAGAUUUAUGUAGUCUAUUUGGUAAUAAAAAGAAACUGUUUGUAACGAAACAAGUUUUUGAGGCUUAUGGACUUCCGAAAAGUUGCCCAGUUCCAGCUAAAAAAUACUGUGUCAAUGGAAAACAAUUGAUCAGCAUUGAUUCUUACAAAAACAAGUUGGGAAUGGCUCUAGGCAGCGUGGUAACUAAAUUGAAUGUGGACCAUGAGGAUGCAGGAAAGACCUGCGUUGAUAUAAAAAUGACAGUAUCCAAAAAGAAGUGAUAUGUCAAUUGUACUCAAAUAUUUAUGAUCUAAAUACAAAAUCAAAUAUGACAUUUAUUUAAAUUUCAAACAAAUAAUUAUAAAUAGAAUUGUCGUACAAAGUUUUUCCUGAAAACAAGUUUUUAACAUUCAAAGAUAGAAAACUAUAUUUGAAGAUGAAUUAUAGCACAAUUUUCAUGGUCCACGACGUAAACCCCAAUAAAACAUCAUAAAUCAUCAAUGGAGGAAAUACAUAUUUAUUCUCCAACUUUCUAGUCAUUUUAAUGAAAAAAACUAAUCAAUUUAGAAACGAUCAAAAUUUCUAAUCGACAAAAGGUGUUUUGCAAAUUGUACAUUCACAUUUCCGGAAACUUUGUAUAAACUUUUAGUGAAUAUUAAUGGACAGGAAAAUUUUCCAAACAUUAAAUAAACAAAUAGUGGCAAACUUUAUAUGAAUUAAACUUUGUUUAGGAGGAGAACGAUAAAUAAUCUUCAAUCUUAGAGAAAGAUGGAUUUUUUAUAGAGGCUUAUUAGAAUUAGUUUUAAAUUUUGUGAAAUACUAAUAAGAAAUGAUGUUUUUACAAAUGUAUGAGCAAUGGAACAAGUAAUAAAUAACAAUAAAAACAGUUCAAUUCAAAUUAUUUUGCACACAUGAUAAAAUAAUAUUACGAGAAAUGCUGCUUAAGUUUUGAGAUAGACAAAUAAAAACAAAUAUUUAUAAUUGGAUUUGGCUCUAUUGAGAUCAAUAAACUUUUGCAUGCGCUUAAAUCAAUUGUCGAAGCAUUUUUUCCCUUCCGAUUGGGAUACCUCCAAAACAUGUGAUUUUAACGCAUCAACUAUUUAAACUGAUGUGUUAGCGCUGGCAUUGUCAUGGUGCAGAUUGAUUCGUCUUCUGCGAUUGGUUUCCGUGUUUUUUCGCAUACUUCUGGCAAAAAAUGCAGGUAAACAAUUCAGAAUUGAACGCUCUAAUGGAAUAGUGGCAAUAUAGCCAGUUAUUCAAAAGAAAUAAGAGGUACUUCGUGAGCAAACAAUUUUUGUUGGCUCGUUUUGAUAUAUCCAUACAUUGAUUGUUAUUUAUUUUCGGGUUAAUAUAUGUGGAUCUAUGAUUCGUCACCAUUCAUCAACUUAUAGACGUUUUUUGAAGCACCUAAUUGAAUUUUUUUAGCAUUUCUUUGUACCAAUCAACACGAGUUUUUUUGAGCGAUUGUUGAGUUAUGCGGUAUCCACCAAAUGCUCAAGUAAUAAAGAAUGUAUGCGAGUGAAACUAAUGCCCAAUUAUGCCUCACUCUCACGGUAUGUCACAUGACGAUCUUGCAAGAUCAGUUUACGCACGGCGUCGAUGUUUUCUGCCAUAACAGUCGAUUAUGGACGACCCUCACAAAAUCCAUCGUGUAGCGAAUUGCGACCACGAUUUAUUUCGGAAAACCAGAGAAACACGGUGGCUCAAGGUGGUGAUUCAUCACCAAAAGUCGAAGUGAGUUAAUCGGCACACUGCUAUUGGUUUAAUCUACGUUCAAAACCAUAUAAAAUCAUCACACGAAAAUGUUCAUUCAUCUCCAUUUUUUGACCAAGAUUAAUGUCUCAAAGAUCUGUGAACAAAUUAAAUAGAACUCGUAUGACAACAUGUACACGUUCACCAUUAAAAAUGUCAUUGUCACGAAGGCAAUGUCAGAUUUGACAUAUUUACAUCAGUGUUGCCAUAUAUCAAAACUUAAGUAGCAGCCCUCGUAUCAAUAUUUUAGUAAAAGUAUAUAAUGUUAUCUAUGAGAAAAAGGGUUGUUUUGGAGUAUACGCGUAGUAAAUCCUUUCAAGAGAAUUCAUAUUAUUUUAUGUAUAAGUUUCCGGGAAGCUUGUUAAGGAUAUCGACGGAAACUGAUUAAAAUAAAUAAGUAAAAGCGCAAGAUUUGUCACAAAUGUGCUAAAUGUGAUUUGUGGGUAAAGCGGUGUUGACGAGGUGAAGAAUGAAGACACAUAUAUUUCUUGACUACAUAAUAAAGGAGCAUAUAAUCCAACAACCGUAUAUCCAGUUAUGUAAAAAUAUAUUUUUUUCGUUUAUCUAAACCUGGAUUUACUAGCACACAAUUAUGCAGAGCGUUUUUCGCCCUAAAAGAAAUAGAAAUAUGAAUUAUUUAUUCUUUUUUGUAAUCACUCUUAUUUAUUUCCUCCUUGAGGACGACCACGGCACUUCAUCCAUCGUCGUAACUAAGCACCGUUGUGAGCUUCUACUGAAGGAUGCACUAAUGAAGCAUUGCCAAUUAAUUUUUCAUUGAAUUACACUAAUAUUAGAAGUCAUUUUGCUUGUCACUCAGCCAUAUUUAUAAAAAGUAACCGAAACUUUUAUAUUGCCGCCUUCAAAACAUGGCGGUCGCGCUUGCGCUAAGGAUACUCUUAAAUGGCCGAUUCGAUGAUAAUCCUCGAUAACGUAAUAACCUCUAUAAAUUCAAAAAAAGUUGAGUUCACUUUCCCUCGGAGUCCAAAACCUCUUUUACUUAGAAUAUGAAUAAUUUGGGAGUAACUAAAGUUGUAACUAAAAGUUGUAACGACGAUCUUGUAACGACCUUGUAACUUCAAUAAUCUAUCAAUGAGUGAUUUUGAUUUUUGACCUAUAAAGAAAAUAUCUCCUCUAUAUUUCAAUUAAUAAAUUUUGGUCCUAGAAUUAAGAGCAAUAUUUGAACAAAUAGAAAUUGUAAUAACAACCUUAUGACCUCAAAAAUCUCGCACACUCUUGAUAUUGCAUAAGCUUUGUACCGCUGGGCCUUGAUCUUAUCUUGCAGACCUAAUGCUAAUCUUAGUUUUUGUUUUACUUUUAUUGCAAGACCAAGACCAUAACUAGUGGUUCUAUUUAUAGACGGCAGAGUGAUACAAAAGUUGACCCCUCUUUCCAAUAACUGUCUCAAUUCUGGUGGUGGCUAUGUCGAAAAAUAGUUGAUACAUUGCUGUACUUUUUUUCAAUACAUGUCAAUACAACUUACUUUCUGAAUGUGCCUCGUAUGUUAUCAGAGCCGCAUAUGCCGAAUAUUCAAUUUCAACAGUACAUUUUGCUAUACAAUUCAUUAAAAUACAUGAGAGUUAUCUGAAAAGUUUCCAACCCAAUGAAGAAGAAAGAUUUUUUUCCGUAAUAAUAUUGAUUUUUCAACAGUGUUCUUUUAAGGCUGAAGACCUAGUUACUCUCUCUCUCUCUCUCUCUCUCUCUCUCUCUCUCUCUCUCCUGCAAGAGAGAUUUAACGUUAGGAAACAGGAAAAACUCAAUGAGGUCUUGUGAUUAUAGAGUAAGAGAAGCAUUUUUGCAAUUUUCCCCCUCACCCCAUCAAGCAAUGAUGCGUGAUGCUAUUUUGAAUUCUGCUGAAACAUCUGCAAUAAGGCUUCGAAAAUGUUCAUUUGAAUGCGCUUUUGGUCCAAAGCGAGCACUUCUGGAAAGGUGUGUGGUGAGGGAAGGGGAGUAUAUUGAAGGGGAGCAUUCGGAUAUAGAAUAAUUUUUAUUAUAAAACCGUUUUUCGUAGCGAGUCUCGUUAUUUAAUAGCCAGACCUCGUAUAAGAAUCUCGUAAUCUUUUUUCCUGUGGCAAUCGCAGAGAUAUUUGAUGAUAUGAUUUGUAUUUCGUGUAUUUGAAUAUUUUACAUCGGUUGUAACCUCACAGCUAAUAAUUUCCUCUACUGAAACGUUUUAUUAUCUCAUUAUACUCCCAAUUAUUCUGUUUCUCAUAUGUUCUAAUUAUCUUUAUUAUUUAUCCCGUAUUCAUUGAAGAUUCUUUUUAUUAGAAUCUCUCAAUGCAUGGUCAAAUAUAUUUUUUAACUUAUAUUGAUAAGUGCUGAUAUGUUCGGAAACUUUUGAGACAACCCUCGUAUCGUCACUUGUUCAAUAAAUAAGCGUUUUAUUUUGAAAUUAACUCGGAAUACCGCAUAUAUUUAAAGUGGAACACUGUUCAGAUAUUUUGGUUUUCAAGGUUCACAGAGCAUAGAAAUUCGAACUAUUGUAUUCAGAUUCUUUUCGUUUUUUUUGUUCAUCCAUGUCAUUUACUCGUAGUAUACUAUUUCUAAAAUUAUUAUUUUGAUUUUUAUUUAAAUAAAUUUAGCCGUUUUUUUU